AUGGGCCACGAAGAUCCCCCGAGUACAGCAGGGCGCGGCGUGAGUUCGCGUCCGUCGACAGCAUCCGAGGUUGCACAGCAGGCGGCUGCGUUCAUGAAACAAUCCGAGAAACUGUCGCAUCAGCGCAUAGAGGAUUCUUCGCCGGCUGUCGCUGUCCAGGCAGAAUUUAUCACACCGCAGGAUCCCGUCAUCGUCACUUCGGAUGGCAACCGUCUGCCGGGCGUGCCUCUGGAUGAAGCCCACAAGCUAAAUGUGCUGCGCGAAGACUUGACGCAGACACUUUCACGAGAGUCAGAGACGAAAUCAGCAGCCGAGUACCAAGAAAAAGAGUUAGGCUCAGGUCACCACCAUGGAGAGCAAGUUCAAAAGGCUCAUCAUCAGACCGAGGGUCAAGAUCGACCGGCUUGGCAGCAGUCGGAGCAUUCGCAAGGAACGUUGAGGCAGUCCAUGCCUCCAUCUCACACAAACCCCUUAUUUCCACCUUUACCGCUGUACGGCCCGCCGUCUCUGCUACGGAAUGUCCAAUGCUAUCUCUUUCGGGCAACGUCGUUUGUUUUGAGCCUGGAAUUUCUUGGCGUGAUUGUACUCGGUUCGUUGUUCACAUCCAUCCCGGGUUGGUGUAAGAGGUUAUUCCUGCCGGGUCAGGACAAGAAGCGGCCGUUUUACGAAGAAGAGCUCCAAAACGCCGCCAGAAGAAAAGAGAAGGAAAACGAAUGGGAUCCUACAGGAGACCACAGACGUCUUGAUGUCGAAAACGAAACGAUGGUGGACGAAUACCCACCGAAAGAGGGCGGGAAAGACCCAAUUAUCUGCGAUGUCGGUUACUAUGCGCGGAGAGUUGGCCUUGACGUGGAGGAAUUUGAAGUCGAGACGGAAGAUGGCUUCAUCAUCGAUCUUUGGCACGUCUACGAUCCCAAGGAGUACACCCCGUUGGACAAGACGAGCAGAGAGAAACUCGGCCCAACAAUUUUCGACAGCCCAGCCUCGGGCUCGGAAGAUUCAAGCAAGAAGCGCAAGUUCCCCGUGCUGCUGAUGCACGGCUUGCUGCAGAGCUCGGGGGCUUAUUGCUGCAACGACGACCAGAGCCUGGCGUUUUGGCUCUGCAAAUCGGGAUACGACGUCUGGCUGGGCAACAAUCGCUGCGGCUUCAAGCCAAAGCACGUUCUGCUCGAGUACAGCGAUCCGCGCAUGUGGUGCUGGAACAUUCGGCAAAUGGGCGUCUUUGACCUGCCGGCGCUCGUGUCGCGCGUCCUACACGAGACCGGCUUCGCAAAGAUUGGCCUCAUCUGCCACUCGCAGGGAACAACGCAGACACUCGUCGCCCUGGCAAAGGAACAGCGCCCCGACCUGGGCGAGAAGCUGACCGUCUUCUGCGCGCUGGCUCCAGCUGCCUACGCUGGCCCCCUCAUCGGCAAGAUGUACUUUAAGUUUAUGCGCAUCAUCUCGCCGGCCAUGUUCCGGCUCAUGUUCGGCAUCCACGCCUUCAUCCCCUUCAUGAUGCAGAUGCACGCGCUGCUGGACCCGCGGCUGUACGGCUGGCUGGGCUACAAGGUCUUUUCGUUUUUGUUUGGCUGGACGGACGAGCGCUGGGAUCGCGGGCUGCGGGAUCGCAUGUUCCAGUUUGCGCCGGUCUAUGUCAGCGCCGAGUCGAUGCGGUGGUGGCUUGGGCGGGAGUGCUUUGCGCAUCACAAGUGCAUUUUGGCGACCAAGGAGGUGUUGAAAGCUGAAGAAAGCAUGGAUGAUGAUGAUGCGAUGCUGGAUCUGGAGACAGAGCGCCCGCCACCAGCUGAAGCUCUUGAGAAGGCAUCAUCACAAGCCAAGCAGCAGCAGCAUCGACGACGCCACCACAUCAAGGGCUCCACCGCCUGGUACAACGAGCAGGUGCCUCCCUUUGCGCUGUGGAUUUGCGGCGACGAUCAGCUGGUGGACGGCCAGCGCCUUCUUAACCGCUUCGAGGCCGGCCGCGAGCCGCACGUGCGGGUGGUGCACAGCAAGACGAUUGCCGAGUACCAGCACCUAGACGUCAUCUGGGCCAUGGAUGCGCCCGACCAGGUAUUUCGAGAAAUCCGCGAGGUGCUGUGGAAGACGUGCGGCGACGCUCGGGACAUUUGCAGGAUCCCGGAGGGCUGCGAUGCCGUGGAAGAGUGGGUACCAGCCGAGGCUGUGGAGACGCUGGAGUUGAUGGAGUCGAGCAGUGGCAGCAGCGGCAGCGAAUAG